GGGCGGCGGGAUUCGGGAUGACUUCGGGCGGCUUGAGAUUUCUGCGGCUCCUCAAGAUAUCGGUCCUAAUCUUGGGACUUAGUCUUGUUGGAUUUACGCUCAGAGGCGUGUCCCUUCAAGCAGUGUUUAGCAGCCUCAAGCCAGAGCUUGCAAGUCCUGCUCAGGGUGUCCAGAAGCUGAAGCUUCUGCCGGAGGAACAUCUCAGGAACCUCUUUACCUACGAUGGAAUCUGGCUGUUCCCAAAAAAUCAGUGCAAAUGUGAAGCCAACCGAGAGCAGGGAAGCUACAACUUUCAGGAUGCUUAUAGCCAGAGCGACCUCCCAGCGGUGAACGCGAGGAGACAGGCUGAAUUUGAACACUUUCAGAGGAGAGAAGGGCUUCCCCGCCCACUGCCCCUGCUGGCCCAGCCCAACCUCCCCUUUGGGUACCCAGUCCACGGAGUGGAGGUAAUGCCCCUGCACACAGUUCCCAUCCCGGGUCUCCAGUUUGAAGGACCCGACGCUCCUGUCUAUGAGGUCACCCUGACAGCAUCUCUGGGGACACUGAACACCCUUGCUGAUGUCCCAGACAAUGUGGUGCAGGGCAGAGGCCAGAAGCAGCUGACCAUUUCUACCAGUGACCGGAAGCUGCUGAAGUUCAUCCUUCAGCACGUGACAUACACCAGCAUGGGGUACCAGCACCAUAAGGUGGACAUAGUGAGUCUGGAGUCCAGAUCUUCAGUGGCCAAGUUUCCGGUGACAAUCCGUAAUCCUGUCAUACCCAAGCUGUAUGACCCUGGACCAGAGAGGAAGCUCAGAAACCUGGUCACCAUUGCCACCAAGACUUUCCUCCGCCCCCAUAAGCUUAUGACCAUGCUCCGGAGUAUUCGAGAGUAUUACCCAGACUUGACCGUGAUAGUGGCUGACGACAGCAAGAAGCCCCUGGAGAUUAAAGACAAUCACGUGGAGUAUUACACCAUGCCGUUCGGGAAGGGUUGGUUUGCUGGUAGGAACCUGGCCAUAUCUCAGGUCACCACCAAAUACGUUCUCUGGGUGGACGAUGAUUUUCUCUUCAACAGUGAGACCAAGAUUGAGGUGUUGGUGGACGUCCUGGAGAAAACGGAACUGGAUGUGGUAGGCGGCAGCGUGCUGGGAAAUGUGUUCCAGUUUAAGCUGUUGCUGGAACAGAGUGAGAACGGGGCCUGCCUUCACAAGAGGACAGGAUUUUUCCAACCCCUGGAUGGCUUCCCCAGCUGCGUGGUGACCAGUGGCGUGGUCAACUUCUUCCUGGCCCACACCGAGCGACUCCAAAGAGUUGGCUUUGAUCCCCGCCUGCAACGAGUGGCUCACUCAGAAUUCUUCAUUGAUGGGCUAGGGACCCUACUCGUGGGGUCGUGCCCAGAAGUGACUAUAGGUCACCAGUCUCGAUCUCCAGUGGCGAACUCAGAGCUGGCUGACCUGGAGAAGACCUACAACACAUACCGGGCCAACACCCUUGCCCAGAUCCAGUUCAAGCUGGCUCUCCAUUACUUCAAGAACCAUCUCCAGUGUGCCACGUAAAGGUGUGGGAGCGUAGGAGAUGCACUAGGCGGGCUGAUUAUGGUAUCUAUAGCAGUGGAACCAGUGGUUGGGGCCACCAAAAACUGGACUCCUGAUAGAUAAACAUUGUAGCAACCCAGCUGGUGGGCAGGGCAAAGGGAUAUGGCUCAGUUAGUGGAAGUAC